CAGUUUAUCAACUACUCACAACUCUACUACUAAAUUACUAUUACUACACUGCUCUCUAAACUCUUCUCUGAUAUCUCACGCAUUCAGUAAAGCCAUGGCCGGUGAGCUGCUUUCCAGGAGAAUGGUUUCAGCCAUUGUUCUUGUCAUGCUGCUCUUGAUAACCCAUGAGAUGGGAACAAUGACAGUAGUGGAUGCAAGAAAAUGUACAUCUCAAAGCCACAAGUUCAAAGGGCAAUGCUGGAGUGAUACCAACUGUGCCAAUGUUUGUCACAAUGAGGGGUUCCCUGGUGGUGAAUGCAUGGGCUUUCGCCGCCGCUGCUUCUGCAAAAAGGAGUGCCAUUGAACGUAAACACUUUGCAUGCAUGCAUGGAUGCAUGCAUAUAUGACUGGGUUUCAGUGUUUCUUGUGAGAAUAAGGUGGAUCAGUAGAUAUAUAUAUAUGUAUGUGUAUCUGCUGGUCUUAUAUGAUGGUCAUCUUUAGAGUUCUUUUUUAUUUUCUUUUUAAAAUAAUUUUGGCGUAUGUGUAUGUCUGAUUUCAUGGAGCUUCUUCAUUGGCUCCGUGAGUGUUGUAUCUCUACUUGGUUCUUUGGUUCAAGUGGUUAUGGUAUGGAGUUUGAUUUGCACUUUCA